AUAUUUAAAUAUAAAUAUAAAUUGUACAUAUAUAUUGCACCGCGCGACAACAGCACCGACUAGACUAAAUUAGGGAACAGUUUUUAGUGUGGAAAGCGUGGAAAUUUUCUUUUUUUUGCAUAGCUUUCGUUCUAAACUUUGGCUGGUUUGUUAAAGAAGCCCUACGAAUAUUAAUCUAUACCACACACAGCAAAUAUUCUUUUUUUCACCCUACAGCUUAUGGUAUUUAUAUUGAACGAUUUUCUUUCAAUUUCAAAAAUAUUCCAGCUAUUUUCAGGUAUUCACAUAUUUUCUUUAAAUAGCGUGUUUUUUAUGUCUGCCUAUACUCAACAAGUAUAUACAUUGUAUAUGUUUUUCAACAACAAUUUGAUGUGGUCUUUUGGAAUAUUGUACGUAUGUAUUUUUUGUUACUAAAAUAACCUAAGCGUUUAAACAUUUCUUUUAAUCCGUCUUAAGAUGGUUAUAUAUGACAUCAUAAUUACGCAUUAGAUCUAUAGCUGAGAAGCGAGUGCUAUUUUAAAUCUCAACUAAAUCGUAGAGCAAUGAAAACUUUUUAGUUGAAUCAAAUCCUCAGGUGAAAGAUUGCUUUCAAAUUUUUUGAAAUAUCGUCUCCUUCAUGAAUAUCAACUUUUUAAAAAUCGGUAACUUUUCAUUAGUCUUCUUUUUUGUUUCUGAAAACUUGCAUUUAUUAUGACUUAAGUACACAGAAGUAAACUCAACUUCUGGCCAACUUCUUGCUACUAUUAUAUGGUACAUAAUGUAUUGUUUUGAUAUAAAUAAAGAAAAAAGCCAGAUACUUGCUAAUUCAAAAAUUUCCCGAACAGGGGGAUUAGCAAUAGUAAUAUUUUUACGCUACGAGAACUUCCAAGAGCUACAAAUUUAAUAUAGGAUAAGUUAAAUUUUCGAAAAUAUAUCUGAAAUAAAAUUGAAAAAUAUUUAUCUUAAUAGCGGAGUGCUUGAAAUUCGCUCCAAAGUGACCACGACUGUUUCGCUUAACAUUUCUGCCUCGUUUUUCUUAUAUUCUUUAUUGGGUUUCGGAACUCAAUUUUCUUUCAACAAUUUUGAUGAAUUAUUAAUAAAUUUUAUUUCAGAAAUCUUUUAGUAAUACUUGAAAAGUAUACAAUUAUGGCUAGCCAAUCCGGAGGAUGUUUAUGAUUUCAAUAAGCACUACGUACGUGUACAAGAUUUGGCUAUCAUCAACGGUAUUGAUAUGGAAAUCGAUAUACCCGCACUAUUUAAACAAGCUGUGGCUGAGUUACCAAUCCAUGAAGUUCGUUGGAAGACAGAUGUUCUUAGUUGGUUAGAGUGCACGCAGUGCAGAAUGCAAUAAUGAGCUAUCUCGAGAAGGCGAAAUAUGUAAAAUUUUACCUUGCGAGCGUAAACGUCACCAGGAUUGUAUGCUUUUGCCGUUAAGAAAUACUACGUUUGGCCCGAAGUGUUUCUUCAAACUGGGAAGUACUAAGUAGCGAUAAGAAACGAAACAUAUUCAUGAAUUCAAUGUUUUCAUAAAUUCGGAAAUCUUUCAAUCUUAUUUUUGGAAAAAUAUGUAAAGAAAUGUUUUUUAAUCAAUCAUUUUGUUGUAAUAUGCUAAAGAUAUUUUUGUUAGCUAAAAGUAAAUGGUUUUAUAUAAAUGACUAUAGAAACAACGGCAAGAUAAUGUAAAGGUAAAGAGAUAAUGAAUAGACCGUCAGUUAAUUUGUAACUUAAUGCCGCUGAAAGGAAAGUAUGUUAAAAGCUCUCAUAUAGCAUAUUGUUUUGAGAAGCAAGUCUAUAAAAGUCCACAACCACAAGCUGCUAAUACUUAAAAGUAUUCCUGCUAUCAUUAAGGAAGGAUAAGACGAACAAAACGUCACAAAAUGUUAUUGAGUACUUUAGUUAUGGUAACCAUUUUACUUAGUGUUAUUUGUGAUAAUCAUUUAAGGGACAGUCGAUUUCUAAUAUCAUUGUUUAUGAAAACGACUUCUUCGAAACCCUGCAGUAAAACGGAAAUGCAAAAUGUAAAUUGCACAGAUUCUGCAAAUUUAUGUUCUACCAAUGUUUACGAAAAUAGUUGCAAGGAUGUUUUUCUGCCGCUGCUUGAAAGUCUACAUCAACCAAUUUACAAGCACAAUGUUUUGCAUGGUACUGAAGAUAGAUACGGAAUAGACAGACAAUCAAAUGGUGUUUCCAUUGAAAACAAUUAUAACAAUAAGCGGAAAUCUAUUGAAGCAUCGCCUUUGUCAAUAACUCACUAUAAAGAAUUCUGUAACGAUUUAACUUUAGAGGACAAAAAACGGGCAUUUAAGCGAACUGACCGAACUAGAAAUAAUAAUCGUGUUAUUAUGAGUCUUCGAGGAAAAUGCGAUUGCAAAAUAAAAAAUGAUUUAAUGGAUUUGGGGCCGUUACACUAUCCACGCUUUCUGUUAUAUUCAGUAUGUCAAGCAGCGAUAGUUACAGAUAAUUUAUCUGCAAAAUGUGCCUAUGGCCUGGUAUGUCAACCGCUGGAAUAUAAGGUGGAAGUUUUAGUGUAUCAUACCGUGAAUGAUGACACGCAAAAAGCAGCCACAGUUAGCUGGUUGCCGCAAGAAUUAAGACGGGUCUGGAAAUUUAAAACCGUGACGGUAACAGCCGGAUGUUUCUGUGCCUGA